GUGUGUGUGUGGGAGGGGGGAGCGUGAAGAGAGUAAAUGGGAUCUUUCGCGCGCUCUGGAUGCUUGUGCGCAUGUGUGUGCGCUCUCUCGCGCCUGCUGUUUCGGUCGCUCACGCGCACGCCCUUCGGCUGUUGAAACUGCUCGGAAUAGUUUUCUUGAGGCGGGCGGAGCCGCUGUGUGUCCCGCGGUAAACAGCUGGUUGGAGGCGGCGCCGGGCUGCUUCCCUCCUCCGCUGGGACUCCCCCAGCUCGGUUCGACGUUGUGAUUGGGUGGAAAAUGGCGCUGCGCGGAUGGAAAUCCUAAUGACAGUCUCCAAAUUCGCCUCCAUCUGUACCAUGGGCGCUAAUGCCUCAGCUUUGGAGAAAGAGAUUGGUCCAGAACAGUUUCCAGUCAAUGAACACUAUUUUGGCUUAGUAAAUUUUGGAAAUACAUGCUACUGCAAUUCAGUUCUUCAGGCACUUUAUUUCUGUCGUCCCUUUCGAGAGAAAGUCUUGGCAUAUAAGAGUCAGCCUAGAAAAAAAGAGAAUCUACUUACCUGCUUAGCUGAUCUCUUUCACAGCAUAGCCACUCAGAAGAAAAAAGUUGGAGUGAUACCUCCAAAAAAGUUCAUAACAAGAUUGCGAAAAGAAAAUGAGCUUUUUGACAACUACAUGCAGCAAGAUGCACAUGAGUUCUUGAACUAUCUGCUGAAUACAAUUGCUGAUAUUUUGCAAGAAGAGAGAAAGCAAGAGAAACAAAAUGGUCGUCUACCAAAUGGCAGCAUUGACUGUGAAAACAAUAACUGCCCCCCAGACCCCACAUGGGUUCAUGAAAUCUUUCAAGGAACGUUAACGAAUGAAACAAGAUGUCUUACUUGUGAAACAAUAAGCAGCAAAGAUGAAGAUUUUUUAGAUCUCUCUGUAGAUGUGGAGCAAAAUACUUCAAUUACUCACUGUUUAAGGGGUUUCAGCAACACAGAAACCCUGUGCAGUGAAUAUAAAUAUUAUUGUGAGGAAUGUCGCAGUAAACAAGAAGCACAUAAAAGAAUGAAAGUGAAAAAACUACCAAUGAUUCUAGCUCUCCAUCUGAAGAGGUUUAAGUACAUGGAUCAGCUACAUCGAUAUACAAAGCUGUCUUAUAGGGUAGUAUUUCCCUUAGAGCUUCGACUAUUUAAUACUUCGGGAGAUGCCACUAAUCCUGACAGAAUGUAUGAUCUUGUGGCUGUGGUAGUUCACUGUGGAAGUGGACCUAACAGAGGACACUACAUUGCGAUAGUGAAGAGUCAUGACUUCUGGUUGCUCUUUGAUGACGAUAUUGUAGAGAAAAUAGAUGCACAAGCUAUUGAAGAAUUCUACGGGUUGACAACGGACUCCUCUAAAAACUCUGAGUCUGGUUAUAUCCUCUUCUAUCAGUCUCGGGACUGAAUGGGAUCUGUGGUGAAGAGUGACUUCCAGCCUGACUUCUUUUCUGGCUGUUGUGGAAAGGAGAAAGCACUGAUUCUUUUCUUUUUCUUUUGUUUUUUCUUUCCUUCUUUCUUUUGUAAAAGGAAUGCAGGGAGUCAAGGGGGUGGCAGCACAGUUUGCACAGAACAAAGCAAAGAUUUCAGAGAGGCUUUUUAAAACUCUUCAUAUCAUGUUAAUUUAAUUUUGCUCAGGUUUCAUGGUGACAAUGUGAUCCACCACAAUUGUCCUGUGGGAGCAAAUGACAGAUAGUCCUGUAAGAGUUUUCCAUCAAGCAGCUGAACUGUAUCUAGAUUUGAUCCAAAGUCCAUGUCAGUGGAAACACUUUCAUACUUUUUAGUAUACUUUGAAUUUUGGCCAGUGUUGCCCUGAAAGCAAGUGCAACAGAAACAAUAUAAAUCUGACAUACUAAUUCUCAUGUUUAUUUUUUUAUUAUGAGAAGUGCAAAUUAUUUGGGUGUUUUUUGUUUUGUUUUGUUUUUUGCUUACACUCAGUUCUAAAAGUAUAAUUUUUUUCUAAUUUUCUUGCAUGCCUAGUUAGAGAGAGUUAGCCUAACAGUUGCCUUCCUGGCCAGAAUAAAUUAAUAAAAUUGAUAUUUAGACUACAAUUAAGAAGGCAAGUAUGUUUUGCUUCCUUUAAGAAGCUUACAUUACAGUAAUAUGUACCUCUAUGAUUGGGAACAGUUUGGGCUUUUAAGCUUCCUAUGGGGAAGAACUAUAGCUUAUUUUUAUUUAUGCUUUAUUGUAACUUCCGGAGGUUGUAUAUUUUGUAUUCUCUUCAAUUUCAACAAGUUUUUGGAACCUAGUUUUGUAUAUUAGCUUGUAUCAGAUUUGAAUCUUGUUUCAUGGUUCAUCUAAAAGAAUUAUUUCAACUCUUCAUAAAAUACCUUCAGAAUCUAGGAAAGAGAUGUUAUUUGUGCGGUUUGGCUGUCACCAGACAAACUGGUAUGUUUGGCUAUAUUGUCAUAAUUCAUUCUGAGAGUCUGAAAUUGAAAUUUUCUUCUGAAGCUAUAAAAAGACGAGUUGUUUUAUUGCAAUUUGAUGCUGGGGCAUUGGUGGUGAGCCAGUCAUUUUCUUUUCUAAAGAGCUUGACAGUAGGCUAGAAUUGCACUGGGGAAUACAAUAGAACUGGGGAGGCGAAGACAUUUGUAUUACUUGGAUUAAUCUGAAGUACCUUUUUAACCAUCAAUUCCAUGAUAUAUUGCAACUUUGUUUGAUCCAGCAUUAAUGUUAAGAAUUUAACCAACAAGGUAUUCUGAAGGUAUGUUACAAUGUACAGUCUGUAGUUGGGGCAGAACUGAAAAUUUCAGGGCCUUCCUCCUGGAUUAUUUCAUUAAAUGGAUGAAUAGCUGGAAGACUCCUUGCAGUCCUGUGAUAGCUAUACCAGUAAAUUCUAAACAUUAAUAAAAUAGCCUCUGAGAUUUGAUAAGAUUUACAGCAGAAAGGGAUAAUAGCGCUCAACUCUUGUGAUGGAUACUUCCAGUCAUUACUAUAUUGACUGACAGUGGCUGAAUGUAACUUCUUGGGCAGGAAAAGGCUGAGCAUACAUUCCCAAUGAGUAAUCAUGCCUAUUAAUUUGGCAUCCUUUUUUCAGAAUGUGGGUUUUUUCCUUGUAGUUCUUGUUUUGUUUAAAAUGUUAAAAGUUUUCUGUUUGCUGCUAUAGUUAAUGCGUUUACUUUACACAUCUGUUAGCUCAGGAAAAUGACUUUCACCUCUUCAUGUAACAGAUUUUUAAAACAGGGUCACUAAGUGAGCUAUUUAACAAAUGUGAAAAGGUCAUAUCAAACUGUAAAGAAUUUUUUUUUAUAAAAUGUUUUGAAGUUUUGUCUUGAA